GCAAGCUAAAAGUAUCUUUUAAAGUAUCGAUUAUAAUACUGUGCUAAGUUUAUUAAAAAGGAAUAAAAAACGCAAGAUCUUUUCUUUCUCGGAUUACACUCUAUCGAUCGACUUAGUUUUCAUUCUGAUUUUCACAUUAACGUAAUGUCAGAGAUGCAGUUUGUAGUUGAAGACGAAAAACGAAAUCGAGUUGAAUAUUUGGAGCCACCCAUCAAAUCGGAGAAUGACGAGCAAGAAUAUAGAGCCAUCCGAUUACCGAACGGUUUCACAACGUUGCUAAUAUCCAAUGAACAUUCAAAACCAUGUACUUCCCAAGAUUCAGAUAAAAAGGAUGAAGAAGUGGCACACUGCUGCUUAUGUGUGGGAGCAGGUUGUUUCAAUUCAUUGAUAACUCCAGGCUUAGCAUGCUACUUUGAGAAAUUAUUAGAGUAUACGGAAUCCGAAAAUUAUUUAGAAGUAUUACCAUAUAGCUAUAAUAAUUUUGAUGCAUUUAUUAGUAAGUAUGAUGGCUUCACUUAUGCCUCAACAGAAUGCGAGUAUACAAUAUUUUAUUUUCAAAUAAAAAAUAAGUACUUGUUAUCAGCUCUUGAUCGUUUUGCUGCAAUUUUGAUUAAACCUUUAAAAAAAGAUAACUUUAAACAAUGGCGAGAGGAGGUAGAAGCAGAGCUACGAAUUGUUUCAUCAUCUUACAGGAAUAGAAUAGAACAAUUGUUUUCUUUUUUUGCGCUGCCAGGUCAUCCAGCUAAUAUGUUUCCUAAAGACAGUUUUAUGCAAUUAUACCAUAGAGUAGAUGACAACAUGUUGUUCGAAGAAAUGGUUAAAUUUAAGAUACGCCAUUACAGUGCUCACAGAAUAAAGUUUGUUAUACAAGCAAAAUUACCACUGGAUACAUUGGAAAAUAAUGUCAUUAAGUGCUUUUUUAACGUACCAAGUAAUUGGCUGCCUCCCGACAACUACCGAAUUUAA